GGAUUCCGACGCCUCGCGGCCAAAUCUUGCUUCUCCUGCACCUGCUCUUUCCUUCCAGCUUCCUCAGUCAUGUCUUUCAGUGCCGAUCAAAUUGCUGACUUCAAGGAGGCAUUCCUCCUGUUUGACAGGACCGGAGAAAGCAAAAUCACUCUGAGCCAGGUUGGAGAUGUCAUCCGCGCUCUUGGACAGAACCCAACUAAUUCUGAAAUCAAGAAGAUCCUGGGCAACCCCAGCAAUGAGGAGAUGAAUGCAAAGAAAAUUGGGUUUGAAGAAUUCCUGCCCAUGUUGCAGGCAGCUGCCAAUAAUAAAGAACAAGGUACCUUUGAAGACUUCGUUGAAGGCCUUCGUGUCUUUGACAAAGAGGGCAAUGGAACAGUCAUGGGGGCUGAACUCCGCCAUGUCCUCGCCACUCUUGGUGAAAAGAUGAAGGAAGAAGAAGUAGAAGAACUGAUGAAAGGGCAGGAAGACUCCAAUGGCUGCAUCAACUAUGAAGCAUUUGUGAAGCACAUCAUGUCUAUCUAAAUGGAUUUAUCAAGACACAUAAUUUGAACAAGAUCAUCAAGCACUUGAAAUCUGUGUGUCUAGGAAACCAUUGUUCCA